AAAACAACACCAGCGCUUUGUUGCGCUUUCACAGACCAAAACAUGGACGCAACAAAGCUCAAAGAACUGAAGCAUUUCAUCGAACAGUGUCAGUCCAACCCUUCCACCCUCGCCGAUCCUUCACUCUCCUUCUUCCGUGACUACCUCGAAAGCCUCGGCGCCAAGCUUCCCUCUUCCGCUUACUCCGAUUCGAAGCACGAGGAGAGCGAUGAUGAUAUAGAAGAUCUUCAUGAGGAGCAAGUGAAGGUGGAAGAACCAGAGGAAGAUGAUGAGAUAGUUGAAUCUGAUAUCGAGCUUGAAGGGGAAAUCGUUGAGCCUGAUGAUGAUCCACCACAGAAGAUGGGAGACCCCUCUGUUGAGGUUACUGAAGAGAGUCGCGAGGCUUCGCAGUUGGCUAAAGCUAAAGCUAUGGAAGCGAUUUCUGAAGGUAACUUGGAGGAGGCGAUUGAGAGCUUGACAGAUGCGAUUUCUCUCAACCCUACCUCUGCCAUUAUGUAUGGGAACAGAGCUAGUGUUUACAUCAAAAUGAAGAAACCGAACGCUGCAAUCCGUGAUGCAAAUGCUGCUUUGGAGAUCAAUCCAGAUUCUGCUAAAGGAUACAAGACACGUGGCAUGGCACGAGCACUGCUUGGUCAGUGGGAAGAGGCUGCAAAGGAUCUUCAUGUGGCUUCUAAGUUAGACUAUGAUGAGGAAAUAAGUGCUGUGCUUAAGAAGGUGGAACCCAAUGCUCACAAGAUUGAGGAACACCGUCGGAAGUAUGAAAGACUGCAUAAGGAAAGAGAGGAGAAAAGAACUGAGCGUGAGAGACAGCGUCGCCGUGCUGAAGCUCAGGCUGCAUAUGAGAAGGCUAAGAAGCAGGAGCAGUCAUCUUCCAGUAGAAAUCCUGGUGGUAUGCCUGGUGAGUUUCCUGGUAUGCCAGGUGGGUUCCCUGGUGGUGGUAUGCCAGGUGGGUUCCCUGGUGGUGGUAUGCCAGGUGGGUUCCCUGGUGGCGGCAUGCCAGGUGGUUUCCCUGGUGGUGGCAUGCCGGGUGGGUUCCCUGGUGGUGGCAUGCCGGGUGGGUUCCCUGGUGGCGGCAUGCCGGGUGGGUUCCCUGGUGGCGGCAUGCCGGGAGGGGUGCCUGGAAAUGUUGAUUUUAGCAAAAUCUUGAAUGACCCUGAUCUGAUGGCAGCAUUUAGUGAUCCAGAGAUCAUGGCAGCUCUUCAAGAUGUUAUGAAGAACCCCGCGAAUUUAGCUAAGCAUCAGGGAAAUCCUAAGGUGGCUCCUGUAAUUGCUAAAAUGAUGAGUAAAUUUGGAGGUCCCAAGUGAACACUGUCGGGUGUUCAUUUGAAAUUUCAGCAUUCCAUGCCUGUGCUCUUGGGUAUUUAAUGUUUGAUGUUGCAUUUUUCAUUUUAAUGAAAUCGCGAAACCUUUUACCCUUUGUAAGGCCUGUUUCUUAGGUGCUCAUAGAUUCUAAUCUUGUUUAUUUAUCAACGAUGUAAUGUUUUGACGAGUGGAUUUGAAUGAUACAAAGUUGAUAUCUUUCUGUCCUAGAAAAAAAAUACAGUUCCUUGCUUGUUUACAUAAAA